AUGGCUGACGACGAGGAGCGCAUAAAAGCUGAGAAGCUGGCAGCGGCCAAGAAAAGAGUGGCCCAGCUCCAGAAGAAGAAGAAGGCGAAGAAGACCCCCGCUACCGGAACCGAAGCACCCAAGGAAGAUUCAACAGAGGCAACGACAGAGACUGGUCCUGCCGAGGAUGCCCCCGCAGAAGCACCGCAGGAAGAAGCCCCCGCGGAGGCAGACAAGCAAGAUGAGCCCGCCAAUGUCGACGCCGAAUCACCAGACGAGCUCGAGGAGCCAUCAUCACAGAAGAAUGAAAAUGCGCCAGUAGAGUCUCCAGUAGAACCGAUGCCGCCAGCGCCCACUUCUCCCGGCCCAGACGCCGAGCCACUGCCGAUGCUCGACACACCCCGCGCCAACCAUGCGCGCCAACCGUCACUGUCAAUCCAGUCUAAGAUGCGAUCGUCUUCAUUCCGCAAGACAUCUGUUUCCCAAGGCAGUGUUUCCCCUUCUCCCUCUUCGGCGCUCAAGUCCCCCUCACAAUCAUUACCGCCCCUGACUGGAGAUGGAGAGUCUGUACACGAAGUGUUCCGCAAGCAGUCCACAAAGAUUGAGGAGCUAGAGAAAGAGAACAAGCGCCUGGAGAAGGAUCUAUCGGAUGCGACAACGCGCUGGCGCAAGACUGAGGAGCAGGUGGAAGACCUGCGCGAGGCGAGUGUUGAUGGUGCGGAGUUGAAGGAGCAGUUGAAGAAGGCAGAAGAACAGGUUGCCAGUAUUGAGGCCUUGAAAGAGGAGAUUGCUUCACUCCAGCGACAAAAUUCACAGCUGCAAACACGAUCACAUCGCAAUGCUAGCAAUACAGAGUCACCGCCGGUCGACCUGGUUCGCCAGCUUGAAUCUAAAUCAGCUACUAUUGAAUCGAUGGAGUUGGAGAUUUCCAAUCUGCGUGCGCAGAUCACCUCCCACACGUCCUCCAAUGAUGCACACGAGUCACAGGUUUCAGCGCUAGAGGAGAAGGUCUCAAGUACGCAGACCGAGCUAGAAAGCUCCCAGCGUGAACUGGCGGAGGCAAAGCAGGCAUUGUCCAGUGCAUCGGAAAAGGCUGCCAAAGAAGGUGUUGACAAGACAUCAACAGAUGCGCUCAUCAAAUCUCUUCAGCAGGAGGUUGAGGAACACAAGACCGAAAAGGUCGAAUCAGAGAAGAAGAUCGAGACACUGGACAAGAAACUUCAAGCCAUCGGUAACCUGCACAAGGAAACUGAAGCCCGGCACCAGACGCGCCUUGGCGAGAGCGAGAAAGCCGAAAAGGAACUAGCGGUCAUGCGCAAGAAGAUCGCCAGCAUCGAGAACGAGAACCUCCGCCUGCGCGAAGAAAGUGACCGUAUCCGCACGCGCCAAGCAGGUGGCGGCGCAGACGAUGACGCUCUAGAUGAACUCGAAGACGAAGAGCGGCAGCGCCUCGAGCGCCGCAUUCGAGAGCUGGAAGGCGAAGUAUUUGAUCUGCGCCGCGGCGUGUGGCAAGAGAAGCGCCAGGAGAUGGAGCACUACCCAGACGACGGACCUGCCCCUGCCGCCGACGCUAAUGCAUUCGACGACGUUGAUCUCGUCGGUGGACGGCCUGACCAUGCCCGGCGCCGCAGUAUGGGCCAGCAGCAGCAUUCGUCUUUCUCUACCGUACUGUCGAGUGGGUUCGCCGCGUUCACGGGCGCUGGUGGAAACCGUGCUCGUGCUUCAUCGUCGAAUCCUCCUCACCCUGGUAGCUUAGAGCUUGUGUCUGAGGAGAACCUGGAUGAUGAGUUUGAUGAGAACGCGUUUGCGAUUGCGCAGGCUGAAGAAGAGGGGAGGAAGCGAGUUGCUUGGAUGCGCGAUAUCAAGAGCAAGCUCCGCGACUGGAAUGGCUGGAGGCUGGAUUUGGUUGAUAGCCGUUUCGGCGCCGAGGGCGCAGGUGUAGGCAUGGGUGAGAUCUUUGAAGUCUAA